UUUGGCUGUACUACACAGAAAUCGGACCUUGUCGUGAUCAGUUUUAAUCCCUAUGCCCAGAAAGAAAAAGAAAAAAUUUAUUUUCUUCGAAUAUGAGUGCGUGAUGAGGUAACUGAUAUAGGAAGGGGAUACGUCUGGUAUCGUGCGUGCGUGCGUGCAUCCAUGAUACUGCAGUUCUUGAAAGCAUUGUGCGUGAGUGUGCCGGUCGGAUUGACAUUCGUAGAUACUGUCGGAUCCAUUGCCAAAGUUGAUGGUACUUCGAUGCAGCCUGUGCUGAAUCCGAAACCUGGCUGUAGUGAUUACGUGUUCUUGAACAAGUGGGCUGUCCGAAACUUUGAGCUUCAUCGUGGAGACGUUGUCUCAUUACGGUCUCCGAGGGAGCCGAACGUUCACUUGAUCAAGCGAGUGAUAGGAUUGGAAGGAGACGUUGUUACGACCAACGGGUAUCGCAGAUCUUUGGUUGACAUCCCUCCUGGGCAUUGUUGGUUGGAGGGAGACCAUACUGGACAUUCCGUUGACAGCAAUUCCUUUGGGCCAGUGGCCGUGGGGAUGAUAUUGUGCAAAGCGACAGCAAUAGUGUGGCCACCAGACCGUUGGCAACGUUUGGACUCUAAGAUCCCCGAAGGUCGCGCUCCAGUGCACAGUGAUUAGUCGUGAUGGCCCGAACCGUGAGCUUCGUCGGCCGCUUCGAUCUCAAGAUCUCUGGUGUCGUGUUCCGCUCUGCCAUGACAUUCGGCGAUGUGGACAACGACGGUGAGAAUGAGCUCAUUGUCGGCACCAACUCCGGCUUUCUUCUCAUCUAUAAAAACUCACUCACGAAGCCGUGGAAGAAGGCGCUUGAACUCGGCAUUGUGGCGGCUGUAGCCGUGGGGGAUGUGUUUCGCGUCGGGAGAAACCACGUAGUUGUCAUUAGUGCGGAUGGGGUGUGCAGCAUUUUUGACGCUCAUGUCGCGGGGGUCAAAGGAGAACACAACUCCUCAUCGUGCGAGUUGAUGCGGCCGUGUUACGUCCAAAGAAUCCAGGCAAAUGUCCAAGAAGCGCUGCUGGUGGACACAACGGGAAAUGGGCAUGUGGAACUUGUGGUUUCGCUGACUGACCGGGUCUUGAGGACAUACCGUUGGGCUCCGAGUGGGCCUGAACAGUCGGAAUCGUCGGCUUCUGUCUCUGGAACCAUCUCGAGUUCUCUGGGCACCGACACGUUGGAUGUUGGUAGUUGUGGUGAUGGGCAUGAAGAGAUCGUGGAAGAGAAUAAGAAAGAGGGGGAUCUUGAGCCAGCCGAGGAUGAUGAAGAAACGGUCUCACCUCCAGUGGAACAGUUAGACGACCCAGAAGACGACGACUCAAGCGAAGAGGAUGACAGCGGCUUGAUGAAAGGGCAUUUAUCUGGCAUAUACAAGUGGGACUUGGGCUGUCAUCUGAACUCGUACACCGUGCAUCACGACAGCGGAGACUCCGAGGAUAAUUAUAGGAACGAACCCGGAUCAUUGUUGCUGGCCCAGCCUGGGGGAGAGUUGCUGAAGAUCGAUCUGAAAGCUGUUGGACCAAAGGACGCCACUCCACGUUCUUCGCCGCCAGAAGAGAAGAGCAAUGAGGGAAUGGAGUCGGACGAUAAAGUUGUGUUUCAGUCCGUACCCCCGCCGGUGAGGAUUAAGAACCAGCAAGUUUCCUGCGUUGUCCUGGGCGACAUUCGUCUUCCUCAUCCCUCUGGCACUGGAAAUUCCUUGAACUUCUGCAUUGCAACUCUGGAGGGCAGCUUGAUUCUUCUUCAUGACAACCGGGAGCGCUGGCAUGUUUCCGUGGAGGACGAGCUAUUCGCUGUGAGCAAACUGGACAUGACGGGCGAUGGGAAUGACGAAAUUGUGGCGUGUUCUUGGAGUGGCACCACGUACAUCUGGAACCACAAGAAGGAAUGUGUUCGGUUUGUGUUUGGCGAGCCCGUGUGUAAUUUCAUUGCCGGCAAAUUCGGACCCGAACAUCGCUCCUGCUUCGUAUUCAGCUCGUUUCGGAACAGACUCCACGUUUAUCCGAAUAUCGAACUGCGCCACUUCGUCGUCCGGACCCUGGGAGACAUGUUGGCCCUGCCCGCUUGGAGCCACAUUCGGAAUGCCUUGGCGACGACAGUGAGCAACAAAGAUGCCUCAGUAGAACCAAGUGAUGCCGGUGCAGACACGUCGUCAACCAAGAGACGUCCCUCGGGUGACGCACCAAGCCAAGAAUUGUAUUCACCCGGCUGCCUAGGGUCUCACGGACAAGGAGCCACUACCAGAAUCGGAUUGUUGAGGCAACCACCGGAAUUCCCGGGAAAGCUGAGUUUGCACGCGGGCAUUGUCAGGGGACUGCUCUACAACCGACCACAGUGGAAUUCUGCUGUGCAUGAGAAGAAUUGCUCGCGGGCACCCAAGCUGGAAUGAGGCAGUCGUGACCUGAAAUAAAUCGAGCUUGUCGUGGCUUCCUUCUCUCGUGUUGUCUAGUUACCGUAUACGGCAUCACGUGGGCACGUCUGUUUCGCUGCCAAAGGUUGUUGUCUUCGGAUUGAGCAAGUUGCGUUGCCCAGCACUUGCCUGCUGCUCUUUCUUGCCUGAGGAGUGCCAUGUUAUGUGAAUCGGGAAUAGACAACAUAUCACGUGUUGGCAGAUGAAGACGACCGCAGCCGAGAUUCCGACGUGCAAUAGUUGAUAUUUUGUAGAAUGAAAUUGAUGAUUCAAAUGCAGAGUGACUGGAAAUCAGUCUGAUUUUCUGCUACUUUCGUCGUCUUGAUUUGCUUGUGCGUAACAUUAAAUGAAAUACUGUACUUGGGAUUACCCAAGUAAGUAUUCUAUAUCCUCCUUCAACACAUGUCUGCUGCAAUCGUCGAGGAUGUAGGACAGUUGAGUUAUGAUUAAUCAAAAUCAUCUGUACUGAAUCCGAGUAUCUCGGCUGGCGAAAAAUUAUUAAACCGAAAAUACAUAGCCCUGAUGAUGAACUGA